AAACCAAAAAAUGUGUCUGUGUUUCAGAAUAAGUCCAACACCUUUAGUUUCCCUACAAGGAGAACGUUUCCAGAUCUGAACCUGCACAACGCCACAAACUGGAAAACGUUUUCCGUUUGCAUUUGAAAUUUAAAAAACUGCUUUACUUCCUGUUUUGUCUGACCUGAGCUGGAACAGAAAACAUGACUCACUGGGUGAGUUUACGCUCCGUCUCCUCGAUGGAAACUCCGUACCUGUGCCCUGUUCCACCUGGACAGGUGAGGCUUAGAGGGGCGGGCCUCUGGGAGUCCAGAGCGAUCCGGACUCAGCUGUUCUACCUGUUAAUUGAAAACACAAACGCUCCCUGUGGAGCAGCAGAACCUGAGUGAUUUCAGAAACCUGCGUCCACCGCAGAGGAAGGACGGAGCAGCAGCAGGUGAGACGCUUCAGGUAAAACUCUCAACAUGUCCUUUAAUAAUAAUGUUAAUUAUUUAAUAGAAGAGCGAUUCAUGAGGUAGCAGCAUGUUGGAGGUUCACUCUAAUGAAGUAAAUUAAACAACUUUUUAUAUUCAUCCAUCAGUGACAACCAAAUAUUUCAGUAACAUUCUUAAUUAUGUGCUUUUCACUUAACUUUGCUAUUUUUCUAACUUAUAAUUUCAGUUAUAUUUAUUAAUUUAGCUUGUUAAAUGUGCCAGCUACUAUUCUUCCUGUUAACUCUUUUUAACCCUCCUGUUCAUUUCUAAGGUUCUUCCUCUGAGUGUCCACUCAACUUACCAGGAGGGUUAAGUUGCAGUUAUGUGACUGAUAAAGCAUAUCUAACAGGUUUGACUGGUUUCCAGUCCACUCAGUAUUUUUGAGUAUAAAUUUGUUGCACCAAAAUGUUAAGUACAUUUUUAGUUUUAUUUUUUAGAGUGUAUAUUCCUUUUGAUUAUUUAAACCUCUAACUCCAUUAUCUGGUUGAAAUUAAAGUUUUUUUGAAAUAUUUUUCACAAUUAAACUAAUAUAUACAGCAGUUUUUUAUGCAAAUAUGUUAGAGCAAAGUAAAGUACAUGCAGUGCUAAACGGCUCAGCAGAUAACAGAAAACCGAUCCGUUCUCUCAGACAGUCUUCCUGUAUCAUCAGCUUAGUAAAAACUCCUGGAUGAGUUUGAAUAUCUGGAGUUUAACGUGGUUCAGCAGUUUGUUUUAAGUCUCAGAGUCUCAGUCGGCUUCCUGUUGUCUGGGUUCGAGAGACUCGUUCAGAAGAGAACCGUAACCAAGGGAAACGUGAAGACAGAAGGCCUGCCGGUUCUGCGGACCGGGCCUGGACCGCUCUGUGCCGCCGCCUGGCGGUUAAACGUCAGCUGAUCACCAGUGGCGCCCCCAGGGGACGGGGGGCCUCGGCCCCCAUUGCAGUCAUGUUGCCCCCCAAAGAAUUAUUUUCGCUGUACCCCCCAACAUUUUGACUGAGCUGGUCUGGCCACCAUUUUAAAAACUUUCUGGAGGCGCCAGUGGUGAUCACCAUCAAUCAGAACCAGAACCAAAGUGUUUUCAAUCUAAACCCGACUGAACCCAAACUAAAGCGUCACCAGUUACCUGCUGACCUUCUGAUGACUUUCAGGCCGACACUGGGCUCCGAUUGACUGCGUCCCAUCAUGAGUCGGUGGCGUCGUUCGGUGGACGAGCUGACAGCGGGACGGCGGCGGCAGCAGGCAGAGUGUGAGCGCGCUCAGAACGCUCUGAGUCGGGUCACUUCCUGCUUCCAGCAACUGGCGGCGUCGCUGGGAAGUUCAGCCGACAGCAGCUUCCUGCGGGAAGAGAUGGACGAGACGAGAGCGCUGGCUCACCGGAUCUGCUCAGGUCUGUCUCGCCGCCUGCUGCGCCUGCUGUCAGCCUGUGACUCCGCCCCCGUUGCCGUGGACGACAGACAUGCUUCAGAGCGACUCUGGGUUCUCUUCCUGUCUGCAGUGGAGUACUUCCUGUCUGACCUCCGGAGGGCCAAAGAGCUGAUUGGUCAGUUCCCCCUGACCCAGCGCUCCAGCAGACGCUCACUAGUGAACACAGGAUGUACCGACGGCCCGGUGGGUCUGGCGGCCCGGGUGGCACUGGUCCAAAUCCCCUGGCUGGUUCUGGAGGAAGAGCCCAGUCCAGAUCUGACCAAUCACAUCGCAGGCCUGGAGGCCCAGCUGGGUGAGCUACAGCAGAGGGUCCCGGUGGCGUUCUGGUCGGUGGAGUCGACAGAGCCGGCGUGGGCCGAGGUUCUGAACGACGCCGAGGAUCCGGAGGAAAGCCUGGAGGACUUGAUGGAGGUGGAGGUGGCGUCCAGCGGCGGUGGCAGCACCAAGCUGCCCGCCUGCUGCCGGGGAACCUGCUGCUGGGUCGGAUAGGCCCGGAUCGGUUCUGCAGGUUCCGAGAGCUCAAACAGAAAUCUUCUAUAGAAAUAUUGACCCAGAACGUAGCAGAGGAUUAGUAUAAUGUGAAAAUUAUAGCACAGAAAGUUGAGUGGAAGGAAGAUGUGCCCAUCCAUUCAAUCUGAAGGAGCAGACGACCAUGAUCUGUUCAACAGGUGAGCUGCUGGUUCUGUUGGGUCCAGAGUUAACGCGUCUAGAGUCUUCAUGAAGGUUCUGCAGCAGAAAAUCUAUUUUAUUGAUCUGAACAUUUCAGUUUGAGAUGCUGCAUGUUGGGUUUCCAUCCACAAUCAGAAAAAUCUGAAAUAUUUCACUUUGUUUUGAUUUAUGAUGAGAUUAAUUUUUUAGAACAAGGAACAAAUAAAUCCCCAGGA